AUGGGUCUAAUAAGCUUGAGGUACCUGGGGAUCACGCGGCCUCUCACCUACCCGGCCCGGCAGAACGGUCAGCUGAUGGCAAAGAUGAUCAUGGGGGUGUGGCUGGCGUCGGCGUCCAUCACUCUCCCCCCUUUCUGCGGCUGGGCCAAGAACGUCCACACCGCCGGCGUGUGCCUCAUCAGCCAAGACUUUGGCUACACCAUCUACUCCACGGCCAUGGCCUUCUACAUCCCCAUGCUGGUCAUGCUGGUCAUGUACUACAAAAUCUUCCGGGCGGCCCGCAAGAGCGGCGCCAAGCACCGCUUCACUGACCUUCCCCGCCGCGAGCGCCUGGAAACGGUGGCUAACGAGGCGCUGCGGAUGCAGGGCCUGAAGCCUCCCGGUGUGGCGGAGGAGUGCGCGGCUUUGUCCCGACUGCUGAACCGUGAACGGAGAAACAUCUCCAUUUUCAAACGGGAGCAGAAAGCGGCGACGACACUGGGGGUGAUCGUGGGGGUCUUUGCUGUGUGCUGGCUGCCAUUCUUCAUCCUGUCCACGGCCAGGCCCUUUAUCUGUGGGGUGGAGUGCAGCUGCGUGCCCAUCUGGCUGGAGCGCACACUGCUCUGGUUGGGGUACGCCAACUCCCUCAUGAACCCCUUCAUCUACGCCUUCUUCAACCGAGACCUGCGCUCCACGUACCGCGACCUUCUCCGCUGCCGAUAUCGGAACAUCAACCGCCGUCUGUCGGCCGUGGGCGUGCACGAAGCCCUGAAGGUCUAGAGAACGCCGGCGUGGUGGCCCCCGCACUCCUGGAUUGUUGCAGAUCAGAAAGACUCUGACGGAACGGGAGUCACGGUUGGACGCUCGCCGAGUACUUCGGAGUGAGAGAUAGACACUCGGUUAGGCUAUUUUUGGAAAGAAAAAAAGAUUGUCGGGUGGUGUCGUGUCUCGCCGUCUAACACGGAGAUGAAGACAAUUGAAGCCAAACAAUUGAUGUGUAUUAUAAAAGUGUAUGUUCGACAUUUGAGCACAAUGCAUACGAGGACCAUUCUGCUGAGUCGGUGCUGUUGUGCAAUGCAGAAUAGAAGUUUACAUUUGAAAAGAUACUGGAAUAAAAUUGCAUUGUCUCCCAGCUUACUAAAAUUGGAUUUUGCCAUGGAAACGUUUAUAUAUUUUACAAUUUUUUUUGUGUACAAAUUUGUGUCCUUUUUCUCAACUAUUCUUUAAUAAUAAUAAAAAAACAACAAUUGUUAGGCCUUGGCGAGAAUGAGGACUCGGGUGCAGAAGGGGGACGAUUGACACAGGCUUUAAUUGAACAGUUUUCUUUGCAAUCUCUUUGGACAUAGUGAUUAAAACAAAGUGGCUACAAAAUCUAUCUUU